AUGUCGACAGCAUCGUCGGCAGGGGCUGAGAGGAGGCCUCUUCUGCAGGCUUUGGUCAUAGAGAGAAGAAUCCUCUUUGCUUGCACAGUCCUCGUUGGCCUCUGCACUUUUGUGUGGAUCACAGCUGUGUGUACAGAGAAAUGGGUUCACAUCGAAGGAGGGAAAGGGGUUUUCCUCCCCUCGAGGGGUGAUUAUUUGAUGUGGAGCGAUUCCGGGAUGUGGGAGACCUGUAGAUACAUUUUCCAUCCAACUCCGAGUUCAGCAACAAUGAAGCACAAUGGAACAGUCACAACCACCACACCGAAGCCAUACGAUGUUGGUGGCAUCAUAGGAGAAUAUUACACAAAUUGCACCAACUAUUUAGCGCAACCAGUUAUGAAGCACGGAAAGCCCGAAGAUCCGGCUUAUGAUAUAGAUAUAGCUAAUUACGUACGAACAAUGGUUUCCUUUGGAAUCAUUAGCUUAUUCGUAAUGGCAAUGGGGUGUGGGUUUUCCACAUACACCUUCCGCAACCCUCGAUACAUGUUCAAACGACUUGCUGCGGGCAUUCACUUCAUUAGUACUUCAUGUACAUUUGUUGUUGUACAAAUUACGAUGUCUUGCGUGGACCACAUGAGAAAGAACGUCAAAUACGUUUACCCCGAACGUGCCUACCAUUAUUACCAUAUUAGCUUCUUUCUGGCCUGGUUCGUGGUAUUAGUGAACCUCUUCGCUGCGGCCUCUUUCCUCUGGUACUCAAGGAAAAGGAAAGGCGAUAAAGCUGCCACAGACGAGCUGGCUAUGGCUGACGAACCAACGAUCAUCGGCCGA